AUGAAUGGUAUAAACUUUCUUCUGGCUGCUCCGAGACUUGAUUAUUGGACACAAAUUUGCAGGAAUGGAAUUUGGAAAAGAUUGAAGAAUCGCCCGUCUUUCUUAUGUUCGCUUCUGGACCAGCCAUUCAUUGAUGAGACUGAUGAGAACGACUUCAGCUUGCCAACCUUUCCGGCAUCACUCAUCUUUCUUCUUCAUCCAAUGCAGCACCAACGCCAAGACUUCAGUCUUCGUCGAUUCGAUUUAACCAAUCAGUUGUCGUCUUCUCGCUUUUUUUUCUCUUCUUCUUUCGCUCUCUGCUUUCAUAUAAACGUUCAAAUUUCUUCUUUUUCUCAAUAUUUUUCUCAUCACCUUCUUCUUUUCCCAAUUCUUUCACUUCAUUUUUCUGCUUCUUUCCUUUCAUUUCCCUAUUUCAUAGUUAAUCUUUCAUUUUUUUUUUAUUCUAUCUAUGCUACUUCUCCAUUUUCUUUGGCCUUUCUUUCUUCAUUGACCUCCACGCUUUCUCUCUAUCAACCGUCGUUCUUUUCUUUCUUUCUGUCUUCCCAUUUGGCGAUUUUUUUUUCAUUUCUCUUUAUUUCUCUGUUUUUCUUUUUGCUUUAUUUUGUUACUUUCCAUUUUUAUUCUUUCUAUCUUGUCUAUUUCUCUUCCUCCUCCAUCUUCUUUCUGUUAUUUCUCCAUCUUAUUUUCUCUAUUUAUUUUGUUCCUCUUCAUUUUCUUUCUAUCUCUGCGAGUUCUCUUCUUCUUCAUAAUUAUCUUCUGCUUCAUCAUCUUCUUCUUCUUUUCUUCUUCUUCUUUUCUUUUUCUUCUUUUCUUCUUCUUUUUUUAUUUUAUUUAACUCAAUUUUCUCUUUCUCCUUUUCUCUAUCCUUUUUCAUUAUUUCCUAAAUUCUUUCCCUUCUGCUUCUGCCUCUUGUUGUUGCUGUUGUUGCUAUUAUUAUUGUUAUUAUUAUUCCUUUAUUUUCUUCCGUUUUCUUUGCUCUUUCAUUUUUUUCUGCUCUUAAAAUUUAUUUUUAAUUUCUUCUUCAUGGCGUCCUCAUCUAUUUUCUUUAUCUUUUUCAAUCAUUCUUCUUCUUUUCCUUUUUUCUUUUUUCUUUCUUUCUCCUUGUAUCCUUUACAAUUUCUUUUUGUUCGCUUGCUAAUCUUUUCCCACUCUUUCUUCCGUACUAUCUCCUUUGCUUCUUCUUCUUCUUCUUCUUCUUCUUCCCCUCCUCCUCCUUCUUCUUCUUCUUCUUCUUCUCCUCCUCCUCCUCCUCUUUCUUCUUCUUCUUCUUCUUCUUCUUCUUCUUCUUCUUCUUCUUCUUCUUCUUCUUCUUUUCUUCUUCUUCUUCUUUAUUUUUAUUACUUUCUCCCAGAUUCUUUGACUUUGUUUUGUUCUCCAUUUUUUUACCUUCUUUUCUUUUUCCAUGCUCUUUUCUAUCUCCCCUCUUACUUCCAUAGCUUCUUUUCUUCCUCUUCUUUGCUCUUCCGAUACAUUCUUUAUGCUCUCCUCUUCUUUUCAUUCACCCCCUCUCUUAUUAUACUACUUCCUCUCUCUCCUCCAAAUGCUAAUUUACUCCACAAUCUGCACAGAUAUUUCCCACCUGGUCUCUCCGUUCUCAUUUCUUCUUCUUUUUUACGUUUCCCUGUCCAAAUCGUACAAAACCCUUUGAGUACAGCUCCCCACACAUCUCACCAUCCAACUACCCCGAACUCAUCUCGUUUCAUUCCACCCCUACCCUAA